AUGAGUUGGAUGGACUCCUGGUCAAGGCCGGGCAAACAUGCCGCCGUGCCCCCUCCGUUCUAUCUGACGCAGGGCGACGAUGUGCCCUACUGCCGAACUUGUGGUAGAGUGAUAAGCUCUCGCAAACAGCAGCAACAGAAGCCAGCAAACACCAUCAAAUACUGCUCGGAGCGAUGUCGGAAUCGCAAGCCUGGGCCUCUGGACAAGAGGAUAGAGAGGACCAUAGUGGCGCUUCUCAAUGCUGAGCCGGGGUACGGUGUCGACAAAACCACAGCCAAACCCAAGGUGACAAAAGGCGAUCGUCGCAUCAUCGUCACGUGCGAGGAGAUUGAGGAAGUUGUAUUUGGCGGUAAACACGAUCCCAGCAAAACAUUUGGACGAAAGAAGAAUCGAGCAAGUCGAGCCUUGGGUGAGGAUGGUGAAUGGAAGAGCGUUGACAUGGAGGACGACCACGAUACCGGCUCCGACGAUCAGGGCACGUCGCCAGUAAAGGACUCGCAUCAGCGAGUGCGUCCACUAGUACGGCCGUCGCAGUUGGCAUCUGACGUCAAUGGCAGUAUUGGAGGGGAGAAGGGUUGGGCUGAACGGCAAUCCGAGACUCCUGAAGAGCUUGAGAAGCGGCUGGAGGGACAGCAGCGUGCUGAACAGCGUGAGAUGGUCCGGAGGGCGGCUAGAAGAGGCGUCGUUUUCGGGUUUGCAGUAGACUCUUCCAGCCAGGAUCGUCAACCCACAGUAGAAGGCCGAGCUGAUGGUGACAAGCAGCGCUCACAAUCGGAGACGCGGCGAAAGUGCGAAGCCCUCAUGAACGGCUCAGUAGUCGAGCCCAGUUUCGCCAAGGGCAAUUGGGCCAUCCGGUGGAGGGAAUAG